AUGGCAACGCAAAGAAUACGAACGACCGAGAAGACACACCUCGACCAAGAUGAGACCAAGGCAGAGGUCAAAUCAAACAUCACGCCCGCCGUCCCUUCAUCAGUGAUAGCGAAACUCCUAGGCUUCACAUUCGCCAUGAUCACGUUACCCAUUGGAAGCUACUUCGUCACCGUCAAUACACUGUUUGGAGGCAACUCGACAUAUGCGGGAGGUUUCGCGGCGGUCAUGGCGAAUGUAGUCUUGAUAGGCUAUGUCAUUGUAGCUUUCAACGACGACAAGUCUGAGAGGGAGGCGGACGAGGACGAAAAGAAGAAAUCGAGAUGA